AAAAAAGAUGACCUGCUGCUAAGCAUUCUCCCCGCGGAUCUUCAAAAUGGGAGCCUCACAAUCUACACCUUCGUCCCUACCAAAGCCACCUUCUAGCAACAUGGACGCCCAAGUCGCUACCCUUCCCUCCGUUUCCGCCGCUGUGGCUUCCUCGACGGCCUCGCAGACUUCAAAGCCCAAGCCUUGUUGCGUGUGCAAGGAGGAGAAGUCGAAGCGCGACGAGUGCAUGCUGUUCUCCAACGCCAAGGACCCUGCCGCCGAUUGCCAGUCACUGGUCGAUCAAUACCGAAGCUGCAUGACGGGAUAUGGAUUCCAGGUGUAAAUGAAACGAGGCAUUGGGCUCUUGGGGCUGUGUAAAAUAUAAUACAUGUGGGCAAAAAA